UUAGCUUAUAUCACGAUUAUACGUAUACAUAGUAUUAGAAUUGUAAAUUUGUUUGAAAGUAUCAUGUGUACGUAUAGUGAGUAGUGAAACUAUUUGUAUUCUGUUGGUACUUAUUUUGAUAUUUCCGUACUUAUGUAAUUGUAACAUACACUGAUUAAGUAGGCCUAAAUAUAUGUUUCCUACUAACCUAAACGUACUUUUAUGCAAUUACAAAAAUCUGGUGUCGUGGAAAUGAAAUGCAGACCUGAAUCAAAGUACGUUUCAUUGAAAGACAUGGAGAUCAGGCCUCCAUCGAAGCAAGGUUUUCCAGUGGUAGUGGACUUCAAUAUCUUUGUAGCUGAUAUCAAUUCAAUAAAUGUAGAGGAUAUGGAUUUCCGUUGUCACAGAAAUAAUAGAAUUACAUCAAAUAGGGUAGACAUGUUCGUUCGUCAGAGUUGGAUCGAAUCUCGACUUGAUAUGCCGGACGAGAUUUUCGAGGAGGGCGACGAUUACGUGACACUGCCUCCUGAAUUCUUCGACAGUUUAUGGCAGCCAGAUCUUUACUUCUUAAACGCGAAAGUCUCUGAAAUUGCGGCGUUAAAUCACAAAUUCUCAUCUGUUACGUUGUAUAGAAACAAAACGGUCAAGUAUUCAGCACGGAUGCAUGCCAUCAUCGCCUGCCAAAUGGAAUUUCAACUCUACCCAAUGGACAUUCAAAUAUGCCCUAUCUACAUAGAAAGUUUUUCCUAUCACAAACAGAAGUUACGCUUAAGAUGGGGAUUGGGCGCAGUCACGGUGAACCCAGAACUGAAGCUUUUACAAUAUGAUAUCGGGAAGCCGGUGGUCGCUGAAGAAACUGUUGAUUAUAUGCUCGAAAAAAGUGGAAAUUUUUCACGACUGGUAGUGUUCUUCCGAUUCGAGAGGCAAAUUGGUCAUCAUCUGAUACAAACUUUCGCACCAUCCACGUUGGUUGUGAUGUUAUCUUGGUUUAGCUUCUGGUUGGGCUUAGAUGCGAUCCCUGGUCGUGUGGCUCUUUUAGUAACCAGUAUGCUGACCUUGGUUACUAUGUUUACUGGUCUGAAAAGCGAUAUUCCGCCAGUUGCUUACGUGAAAGCACUAGAUGUUUGGAUGGCAGGCUGCAUGAUGUUUGUAUUUGCUGCUCUCGGUGAAUUCGUUGUUGUAAAAGUACUCGACUUGCAGUACCAGUUGGAAUAUGAUCUACAAUCGUCAAUGUCCCGACAUUAUUCAACACGUAUAGUUGCCAUGGAAAAGGGUCAAAGUAUUUGGGAUUAUGACUCAACAUAUAUACCAAAAGCAAGAAAUAAAAGAGCUGGUAGCAAACAUCUUCUACAAAAUGCCUGGCUAGAUACUGAAUAUCCAAUGAUACGUGUAUGCAAAACACGGUCACAAAAAAUUGACAAUUACAGCAGAAUAGGUUUUCCUAUACUAUUUAUGCUGUUCGUCAUUUUGUAUUGGCCGAUACUCUUACUUAAGAAGGCAACGUAAUGCUAUAGAUACAUAAUAUAAUUAAAUAAAAAUCUAUAAAUUAUUAUUAGCGAAAUUAUCACGUAUUGCAUAGUUUUUCAUAAUUAUAAUACCUUAGGGCUGGAAACGACUAUAUAGAUAUACUGUACUAGAAAUGUAUGAAAGUAAAUAGGUCUGAUGUAUUUUUUAAA